GCCUCUUGUCUUCUUACAUACGGAUGUGUUCCCGUUAAACGUGUUAAGGUUGUAAGCGGGUUUUCCCUUCUCGCUAUUUCAAACAGUUGAGUAAAAUAAGUGAACGUUUUGUAUGGCGACAUGAACUUAUGCAUCUGUUUUUGACGUUUUGAUGCUUUCCUGUGCUUUUGUGAGGAAAUCUGGAAGGAUUCACAGACUAUGAAGUCACUGCCUUCGUUAAAAUGUAUUAUUUCAAUAUCAUUCAUUGGAAUUCAUCUGACUUUGGGGCAAUUGAAUCACUUGCCCGACAAAGCACAACAAAGGCAACUUGGUCUGUUUAGCGAGCUGGGAUUAUCCCCCUUAACGUCCGUGAAUCAUUGUCGAACUCCUGACGGACUUCCAGGAGAAUGUGGAGAAAUAAGCAGGUGUCUCUAUCUUUUAUUCGACGUAGUUCGAUUGCGAAGAUCUGUCUGCUUCAGAAACCUGUUUAUGGUAGGAAUAUGCUGCCCUGGUUUUUCGUCCACAACGACAGUACUACCCGAAACAAAUACGACCGUUCAGUUGGAAGUGACAACAGAGGCAACUACGGUUACUACUGAAAUUGAAUCAACGACAGAAAAAGUAACUGAACGGCCAAGAUUGACUAUAGCUCCUCUUAAAAGGUUUCAUCAUAAAUCCACUAAAAGACCGUUAACCACAACCACCACGGAAGAAGCAACAACACUCGGUCCUCCGUCAACAACAGCAAGGACGAUAGAAAUAUUCACGACAACAGCAAAGCCAACGGAAGCUCCGUACAUUUUAGCAACUGAAGCUUCAUCUCAAAAUAUUACCUAUGCGUCAGCUUUAAGAUGCGGGACGUCCGGCAGAGAUGGUCGAAUUGUGGGAGGAUACGAAGCAAAUCCUGGACAGUGGCCUUGGAUGGCAGCUAUAUUUUUGGACAGUCAUCGUGGACGUGAAUACUGGUGUGGAGGUGCAGUUAUUGAUCCUUGGUAUAUCCUGACUGCAGCCCAUUGCCUAUCAGACCAAAGAGGUCGAAAGUAUCGUAAAGAACAGUUCACUGUGCGAUUAGGAGACCAUCAUCUUUUCAGGACUGAUGAUUUCAUGAAUCCAAUAGAGUUUAAAGUUUCUGCUGCCAUCCCUCAUCCUGAAUUUUCAAGAAGUGGAUUUUAUAAUGAUAUUGCUCUUUUGAAACUGAGAAAUCCAAUCACAUAUUCAGAAUUUAUAAGUCCGGUGUGUUUACCAACUCCAGGAUUGAAAGCAAAUCCUCUUGUUGGAUACAUGGGAACAGUCACAGGAUGGGGAACCCUUUCGUACGGUGGUUCUGGUAGCGGCUCCUUACAACAAGUAACUAUGCCUAUCUGGGAUAACACGGAUUGUAACAGGAGGUAUUUCCAACCAAUUACAAAAGGUUUCAUAUGUGCUGGAUUUUUUGACGGUGGGAAAGAUGCGUGUCAAGGAGACUCCGGCAGCCCUAUGAUAAUUCCCGACAGAACAAGACACUGGACUGUGGUGGGCGUGGUUUCUUUCGGAAGUAAAUGUGCCCAAGCAGGUUAUCCAGGUGUAUAUACCAGAGUGACAGAAUAUUUAGACUGGAUUAAUGAAAACAUGGAAUGAAAGGUCCAUGAAUAUAAAUGGCAGUCAACAGGUAGAAGGUGCAGGAAAGGGUCAUUCUUGCCCCAUGCUGCAGUCAUUAGCGAUACGUUCCUUUUAAUUGAAUAUAUUCUAUGCCACAAAAUUAAUUUGGUUGGAGACUGUUUUUGGAGCAGAGAAGUGAGCGUAUACGGUAACUCGCAGGUUCAUCGAAGUGAAUUUAACAGAUCUUAUAUGGGAUCUUCUAAGGAAGUAGACUGCUUCUCGGCUAAGGCCUCCUAUGACACUUUAAUUGAUAGAGAGUGCUUUUACGAAGGAGAAGAAAAGAUUGCCUCAGAACAGGCUAUGGAUCUUCAUUUUUUCAAAAUUAUCGUUCUCUAUACAGUGGUUUUCAAAUUUCUUAAAGGCUUUGGUUCUGGAGCUUCAUUAAGUAGCAAUGAAAUGGGUAAACCAUAUUCUUAUGAUACUAAAGGGGAUUAUGAACUGAAGAACGAGUCUAUGGAUGGAUUAGACAAUGGUGUAUACGAUGGGUAUUCAAAACAUAAGUCUUACCCUAGAAAAGCUAAAUUUUAUGGGCUUAGAGAACAUGGCUAUUCUAGAAGACUAUUUCGAACAAAACCUAGUAGGAAAUCAUCUACACCAUCUCUUUUGGGUGAAUUAAGCCCUUCUGAAAAUUCCAAAAUUUCAGUUUCUUUUCAUGAGCCGAAGGAAAAUAUCUACAAAACUGGUCAUCAAAUUCAAAUAAUACCUUUGAAUGACGCUGAAGGUAGAACAAAACUUGAAACUGAAGAAAGCUUUCUUAAUCCUCAUGAAGAUUUUUUUGCACCUCCUUCUUAUGUCACAGAGCGAUAUAAAUUAGCAGACUUAGAAAGUGCUUCUGAAUUUAUUCCAAAGAGUUCUAAAAUAUUGGCUUCAAAAGAUGCUAAAGAAAAAUCGAGCAGUGCCGACAUAUCUGCAGAUCUAAACACGUUUCACGAAAUAGGAGGAAAUUUUGUUAGCGAGACUAGAAAGAACAAAGCAGAUCAAAACUUAAUGAACAAACAAACAUUUAAAAAUGAUAAAAUCUCCAAUAAUAGUAACAGGUAUAUGCCUUCUGUACUAUUUUACUCCAACGAAAAUGCCAAUUCUAAUUUAGAAACCAAUAUUCCCCUAAAACAUAAAAGCGAAAUUUCAUUAGUUAAUUUCGACGCAGAAAAUGAUCUAACAGUAGAUGGGCCAGAGAACUCUUUGACAGAACCAUUUGAAGGAAGUGGUGAUUUCAAGGCAGUGGAUGAUGAUGAACCAGAUGAAAAUACUCAAAAAAAAGUUCCUUUACCAAGCAAGUCUGUCCGAAUCAUAGAUUUCUUCGCAAGAGUUAACAGUUCUUCAACAUGUACUACACCUAACGGGAACAAUGGCCAGUGUCGUCCUUUUCGGGAUUGUCUUUUAAGUGAUGCUCUGAAUAACUUUAACUUAUUUUUACAAUAUGUGUGCUUGUUGCAAGGAACUUUCGUAGGAGUCUGUUGCCCGGAUAAUCCUGUAAUUGAAAUAUCUGAUGCCUCCAGCGAUAACAUAACAGAAAGUGUAACAGCCAAUAUAACGCAGCCUUCUGAAGGUUGUGGUCUGAAUACCAAUGUAAGAAUAGUUGGUGGAAGUGUAUCUCUUCCUCACGAAUGGACAUGGAUGGUCGCUUUGUUAAGAAGAAAUAGAUUCUUCUGCGGCGGUGUCAUUAUAAAUGAUUGGUAUAUUCUCACAGCUGCCCAUUGCGUUAUGGGAAUGAAGGUUAAUGAUCUGAAAAUCAGAUUAGGAGAGUAUAAUUUCCAAGAACAAAACGAGCACCAACAGGAUAUUCCAGUUGCAGAAAUAAAAAGGCAUGCACAGUUCGUUACUCUGACCUUCCAACAUGACAUCGCUCUGCUGAAACUGAAACGAAGGAUUGAAUACUCCAAGUUUGUAGGCAGCAUUUGUUUACCUAGCAAGGCUGGCCGAGAUUACUCGGACGCAAAUGCUACAGUUGUAGGAUGGGGUACAGUUUCCUUCGGAGGUGCAGCAAGUCCUGUACUUCGCCAAGUUACUAUUCCAGUUUGGAAAAAUGAAGAGUGUGAUAAAACAUACAGAAUGGAAAGCAUAACAGACGCCUUCAUGUGUGCUGGUUCACCUAAAAACGGCGAAGAUGCUUGCCAGGGUGAUUCUGGUGGCCCGCUUAUGGCAUUAAAUGAUGAAGGACGUUGGGAAGUGAUUGGAAUAGUGUCAUGGGGUCGAAGAUGCGGUGACCCUGUCUAUCCUGGAGUAUACACCCGUGUCACUUCUUACUUAAACUGGAUAACAGAAAACUCGCAAUGAACACAAGCUCCUUUAAACACUCAUCAAAGUUUUUAAUACUGUGCACAUAAUUUACUUGUUUUAGUCUGUGACAUCAAAAUGUUAGUCAUGUAAUUUUGAAAUAUUUUAAUAAAUUUUAAUAUUAACAUU